UUUAAUUCAAUUUUAACUAAUUAUCUUUCAUUAUUUCUUAUCAUUGUACAAUGUCUGCUCCAACGUAUGUAUUCUUUAAAUUUCAUCAAUUGAUAGCUUUGAGGUUGAGUUGAGUCCGAUUCGUUCAAGGAUGAAUUUUUUUCCUGUUCUCUCGCCCCUCUUUUCUGGUGAACUUGCUUUAACCGUGGUCCAAGUCAAUUGAAUAUAUAAUGGACUUGAUUUCACCUUUUGGUGAGAUAAUUGAAUUAUCAAGAGAUACUUUUAAAGCAAGUACCAACUAGGGAGGAAGGAAAAAUAAUUAUUAAUUGCUCUGAUUCGGACUUGUCUGCCCGUGGGAAAAUAUGUCGACAAUGUCUCAAAUAACUGCGAUCAAUCGAUUAUCUAAGCUUAAUAAUGAAUUGACAGGCAAUAGAACUAUGGGUACUAACAAGAAACAUAGUGGUGAUAUCGGUUUAAUUGGUUUGGCCGUUAUGGGUCAAAAUUUGAUCUUAAAUGCCGCCGACAAAGGAUUUACUGUUGUUGCUUAUAAUAGAACUGUUGCUAAAGUUGAUCACUUUUUAGAUAACGAAGCAAAGGGUAAAUCAAUCAUUGGUGCUCAUUCUAUUCAAGAAUUGGUUGAUAACUUGAAAAGACCAAGAAGAAUUAUUCUUUUAGUUAAAGCUGGUAAACCAGUUGAUGAUUUCAUUAACCAAUUAUUACCUUAUUUAGAAAAAGGUGAUAUUGUCAUUGAUGGUGGUAAUUCUCACUUCCCAGAUUCCAAUCGUCGUUACACUGAAUUAAAUGAAAAGGGUAUUCUUUUCGUUGGUUCUGGUGUUUCUGGUGGUGAAGAAGGUGCUCGUUAUGGUCCUUCUUUAAUGCCUGGUGGUCAUCCAGAUGCUUGGCCUCACAUUAAAGAAAUUUUCCAAUCAAUUGCCGCUAAAUCUGAUGACGAACCUUGUUGUGAUUGGGUUGGUGACGGUGGUGCCGGUCAUUACGUUAAAAUGGUUCAUAAUGGUAUUGAAUAUGGUGAUAUGCAAGUUAUUUGUGAAGCUUAUGAUUUAUUAAAACGUGUUGGUAAAUUUUCAAAUAAAGAAAUUGGUGAUGUUUUCGCUAAAUGGAAUAAUGGUGUUUUAGAUUCUUUCUUGGUUGAAAUUACUAGAGAUAUCUUAUAUUAUAAUGAUCCAACUGACAAUAAACCUUUAUUAGAAAAAAUUUUGGAUACCGCUGGUCAAAAAGGUACUGGUAAAUGGACUGCUAUUAAUGCUUUAGAUUUAGGUAUGCCAGUUACUUUAAUUGGUGAAGCUGUUUUCUCUAGAUGUUUAUCCGCUUUAAAAUCUGAAAGAACCAGAGCUUCUUCCAUCUUAACUGGUCCAACUGUUGAAGGGGAAUCCCCAAUUCAAGAUAAACAAAAAUUUGUUGAUGAUUUAGAACAAGCUCUUUAUGCCUCCAAGAUUAUUUCUUAUGCCCAAGGUUUCAUGUUAAUCAGAGAAGCUGCUAAAGAAUAUGGUUGGAAAUUAAAUAACCCAGCUAUUGCUCUUAUGUGGAGAGGUGGUUGUAUUAUCAGAUCUGUUUUCUUGGGUGAAAUCACUUCUGCUUAUAGAGAAAACCCAGAUUUAGAAAACUUAUUAUUCCAUCCUUUCUUCAAUGAUGCUAUUACCAAAGCUCAAAAAGGUUGGAGAGCCACCAUUGGUAAAGCUGUUGAAUUUGGUGUUCCAGUUCCUGCUUUCAGUACCGCUCUUUCUUUCUACGAUGGUUACAGAUCAGAAAAAUUACCUGCUAACUUAUUACAAGCUCAAAGAGAUUACUUUGGUGCCCACACUUUCCAAGUCUUACCAGGUGAAGAAAAUGAUUUCCUCAAGAAAGGUGAAUGGAUCCACGUUAACUGGACCGGUAGAGGUGGUAACAUUUCUGCUUCUACUUAUGAUGCUUAGAUUCAAUUCACUCUUCAUAAAUUUACUUUACAUAUAUGAUUUUAUACUGAGGAUACUUUGAAUUGUUCUCAUCUGGGUUGAUUUCUUACAUAUUUUGUAAUAAAAACAUUUACGUUUAAUUGAACAGAUUUUUUUGUAGUUUGAUUAUCCUCCACGAUUAUUGUGUUUCCUCCACGAUUAUUGUGAUUAUCCUCCACGAAUAUUGUGAUUCUCCUCGAAUCGGCUAGUCCCCCACGGAAAUAUUCCCCACUUGAUCAAUGAAAGAGCGGAAUUAUUCACUCCGACUCCGCACCGAGAAUGAAUUGAAUAUUGAAUCAGUUGUUUAUUGAAGUUAUUUCCAUUCACCAAUUGAGAUAAUAGGAAAUGGGUACAAGCAAGUAUCAAUUAAAACACAAACAAAAAGGAUUAGAUAAAAAGGAAUACUUAU